AUGUCUCCAGAUCGCUCCUCAUUCACGGCUUUGAAUUUGCCUUCCAGUUUCUCGCUACCGGUAUGUAUGGAUUACUUCACCCUUUCCGCCGGUCCGAACACAGACCUCUGGAGAAAACCGCCAAAUGGAGACACGUCGACAGCACCAAUGGUCUUUACCUCAUUGCGACGACCCUUCGUUGUGGCGGAAGUCACCAUCAGCGCCGACUGGGAGAUGGAAUGGGAUCAAGGGGGACUCGUUAUCUUCGCCGGAGAUGCUCCUAGCCAGUCACUACCAACCGAAUCCCUGCGAUCAUCAUCAGAAACCAGUAGGCGCAGCUUCAAUACGAUGACGCCGCAUCCACGUUCUUGCAAAUGGGUAAAAGCGGGCAUGGAAUUUUCCUCGGGCACAGUCAACGCAGCAUCCGUCAGCGCGACAUCGGACGGGGCGGAUUGGUGCCUGUCUCCGCUGGCAAUGCCUAACAUACCGACAAACAUAACAUCACUGCGCAUUAAGCUGGAGAGAGUCGGCUAUUCACUCUGGAUCUGGUAUCAGAUUCCGUCGCUGUCGCCGUAUGCCGUUACCCCGGGAGCCGUGGGAAGUACAUGGAAAAAGCUUCGCGAAGUCACUUGGUUUUUCUACGGGGUUGAGGACAAGUGUGUGCAUGUGGGAGUAUAUGCUAGUCGCCCAACCAGCAUACAACGAGGAAGCACAAUGUGGGAAGCGAUGAAUGGUAUGCGGAUAGAUGAUUCGACCAUGGGCGGUGGAGGAGACAGGUUGGUUGUUGAAUUUGAGGAUCUUGAGAUAUUCUGA